AUGGCCAAAAUAGUAAAUAAACCUGAUAGCAGAAAUGGACACGAGCUUGCUCAAUUGAAUAGUUCUAGAACGGGAGAUGGAGGAGUUACAAUUGUCGUAUCGCCAACAAAUGGAGGACACAGUUUAAGCAUGGGAAGUCCUGGAGAAGAAAGAGCUGCUUGGUCUGGAAAAUUACAAUUUUUCCUAAGCAUAAUCGGAUAUUCAGUGGGUUUGGGAAAUAUAUGGCGUUUUCCAUAUUUAUGUCAACAAAAUGGUGGAGGUGCUUUUCUGAUACCCUUUGUCAUAAUGUUGAUAUUAGAAGGGAUACCACUUUUUUUAAUAGAAAUUGGAAUCGGACAAAAAAUGCGAUUGGGAGCCUUGGGAGUAUGGAAUACGGUACAUCCUUGGUUGGGUGGCAUUGGUAUUGCCAGUUGCAUCGUAACCUUUUUCGUUGCUUUAUAUUACAACAUAAUUAUAACUUGGUGUUUUUAUUAUUUCUUCAAUAGCUUCCAGUCGCCAUUGCCUUGGAGCGAAUGUCCUGUCGUCAAUAAUACUGUAGUUUACGAAUGUGAAGUAAGUUCGGAAACGGCAUAUUUUUGGUAUCGUACCACAUUAGACGUCGCACCGAACAUUGAAGAUCAUGGUGGUCUCAAAUGGUGGAUCGUAUUGUGUUUAAUUUUAUCAUGGAUCACCGUUUUCUUUAUCGUUAUGAAGGGAAUACAAAGUUCUGGAAAGGUUGUGUAUUUUACUUCCAUGUUUCCUUACAUCGUUUUGACAAUAUUUUUCGUCAGGGGUAUUACGUUAAAAGGAUCGGGUGCUGGUUUAAUGCACAUGUACACUCCCAAGGUAGAAAAAUUAUCUGAUCCCACCGUUUGGAUGGAUGCUGCAACCCAAGUUUUUUAUUCAUUUGGACUCGCGUUUGGAUCUCUAAUUGCAUUCGGAUCGUACAAUACUCCGAAAAAUAAUUGCGUGAGAGAUGUUAUAUUGGUAUCCAUUUGCAACGCAGCAACAGCAAUCUAUGCUAGCGUUGUCGUUUUUGCCAUUUUAGGAUUUAAAGCCAUGUUGAACUACGACAGAUGCAUUGAUGGUAAUAAAAUCAAACUCGUAUCUCAUCAAAUUAUUCCAAGCGUUAACAUAAGCGAAUCCGAAUACGAUUUGAUUCUUCGUGAAAAAGUCACAAACCAUACGAUGUAUGAUUUGGAAGAAUGCAGUCUGGAGAAAGAAUUGGAUCAGGCUGCUGAAGGUACUGGAUUGGCAUUCGUCGUUUUCACGCAAGCAAUUGUCGAGUUACCCGGAGCUCCAUUUUGGAGUGUGAUAUUUUUCAUGAUGCUUCUUUCCCUCGGAAUUGGAUCUCAAAUAGGAAUUCUCGAGGGAAUGUUAUGCACCAUUUUCGAUAUAGAAAUAUUCAAACGGAUAAAAAAACAAUAUUUAACCGGUUUCGUCUGUUUGAUUUGCUGCAUUGUAGGAUUAUUGUUUUGCACUGGAGCCGGUGAAUAUUGGUUAAAACUUUUCGAUUCAUUUGCUGGAACUAUCGGUUUAGUAUUUUUAGCACUUUUAGAAACGUUUGCUGUCAUGUACGUGUACGGUCACGCCAAGUUUACUCAAGAUAUCGAAGAUAUGACUGGUUACAGACCAGGAUGGUACUGGCAAAUAACGUGGAGAUUUAUAGGUCCCAUUAUAAUGACCGCCAUAUUAGUUUCAUCGAUUGUUUAUAGGAUUGUCAAUAAGCCUACAUUUUCUGCUUGGGAUUCAAAAACGGGUGAAACAUUUCCUGCUGAAUAUCCCACUUGGGUGUUAAUAAUAGCUAUUAUGAUGAUAUUGGCUGGAACGCUACCUAUUCCUUUAGUAUUUUUACUUAGGCGAUUCCAGUGUUUGAAACUGGAUGUAGAUAUUCAUCAAGGUUCGAUCAGAAGAAUUGAUACGACGGUAUCUACAAAAGAAAUGAUGGGAGACAUGGAUGUAAGUAGAAAAAUUUUAUUACAUUUACCUUUUUUUUAUUUUUUUUUCGUAAAAUAUUACGGGGCGUAA